AUGGUUUCCUUCACCAAGCUGUUCACUGCCGGCCUGAUGGCCACCUCCGCCCUGGCUGCCCCCAAGCGCAGCACCAGCAAGCGUGGUGCCGCUUACAAUGACAUCUCCACCGUCCCCGCCAUGACCAGCAGUGGAAACGUCGCCUGGGCUUACAACUGGGCCAUGUCCCUGUCCGGCAGCAUGCCCACCGGUGUCGACUUCGUCCCCAUGCUCUGGGGCGCCAGGGACUUCGGCGGCUGGGUCGCUGCCAUCGAGACUACUCUGUCCAGCGGCAGCGAGUACAUCCUCGGUUUCAACGAGCCUGAUAUGGCUUCUCAGGCCAACAUGGCUGCCUCCGAUGCUGCCAGCUACUACCAGAACUACAUCACCCCUUACGCCGGCCAGGCCAAGCUCAUCUCACCCGCCGUGUCUUCCUCGACCAACGACGGCCAGGGUCUGAGCUGGAUGAACUCUUUCCUGAGCGCGUGCUCUUCUUGCCAGCUCACCGGUCUCGCUGUUCACUGGUACGGCAACAACAUCGAUGAGUUCAAGACUUUCGUUCAGCAGGCUAUCGACACUGCUAGCACCUACUCUCUUUCCGAGGUCUGGAUCACUGAGUUCGCCCUCGCCGCUGAUGUCGGUGGUAUCGUCGACCAGGCUACCACCAACAGCUUCGUCACCGAUGCUAUGGCCUACCUUGACAAUGAGGCUGCCGUCACUCGCUACUCUUACUUCAUGUCUGCCGACAACUACCUUCUCUCCAACGGAGCUCUCAACUCUGUCGGUGAGACCUACUGCAACUAA